CCUCCGCCCACUUCAAAGGGGAAGAACGGGGCGACAGGUCCCGCAGAAGGAAAGGCGAAACCCCAUCUGUGCCAUAUCUGCGGAAGAGGAUUUACGACGGGCGGGCAUCUGCAGCGGCAUCAGAGGAUACACACUGGUGUCAAGGCGUUCAGAUGUCCGUAUCCCGGCUGCGAUACCAAGACCAGUCGGCAGGACAAUCUUCAGCAGCACUAUCGUACGCAUCUGUCGCCGGAAUUGCGACGAGGAGAUGGGUCACAAGCGAGGGCGGCGGUGAAUGCAGCGAUGGAGGCGGCGGGGAUGAAGUCUGUCUCUACACGACAACCGCGGAAAUCAAAAGCUUCCAACGCGGGUACACCUUCCUCGGCAUCUGCUACGGGGAGUACUAGCCACUUGCCCUCGCCGUACCAGACCCCUACGUCGCAAGGGCCGAGCCCGUACGCUCCGUACAUGUUCGAUCCGACGCAGCAUGGCUACCCCGCAUAUCCCCUUCCCCCGCCAAUCCAAAUGCUCCAGCCUCACCCUCAGCAAUCGGUCAACUCCUCUCGAGCUCCUUCACCUACGAGCGCUCACCAUCCGCAGGCGGCCGGACCCGGACCCGGUACGAUCAAUCCCAACCAGCACCCUCAUCAGCACCAAUUCUACCCUCAACCCUUCCCGCCAUACGGGUACCCCACGGCCAUGCCGCCCCAGGCGUACCGGCACUUUGCGGGCAUGACGAAUCCGUAUGCUCCCCCUCACCCACACCACCCCAUGUACUCGCCCGGCGGUCGACCGGUCGAAGAAGCGGGCCCGCCUCCGCAAUUUUACGGUCAUCACCUGUACAGUCCGAUGCAGCCCAACUUUGGUCAUUCAAGGGAAGGGUCGUACGGCGGCAUGAUGACGCCUGGGUAUGCUCAAGGACCUAUGGCGAAUGGAAAUGGGUAUCCGCCUCGG